AUGAAAAGCUCCAUUGUCCUCGUGGCAGCUUUCCUCUGCCUCAUCGCUUUUCCGACCACAACCGUCGGAAAAAACAUGAGACUCUGGCCAAGACUCGUUGAAGGAUGGCCACAUCCGUCGGAAACCGCCAGAAACAAGUUGUUUAUGAACACUGAAUUCAGCUACGGCGACUCCAAAGUCUGGAAGUGUACUUAUAGCAACGGAUCUGCUCCAGCCAUUUCGAUUUCUCCCUCAACUCCGUCAACUCCAUCAACACCGUCUCCUUCAACUCCAACACCGUCGCAUCCCACUCCCAAAACUUCUCCUCCGCCGCCGCCAACACCCUCUCCUCCGCCUCCUACUCCCAAAACUUCUCCACCGCCGCCAACACCCUCUCCUCCACCUCCAGCUCCCAAAACGUCUCCGCCACAGCCAACACCCUCUCCUCCGCCUCCAACUCCCAAAACGUCUCCGCCACCGCCAACACCAUCUCUUCCGCCUCCAACUCCCAAGAAAUCUCCAUCUCCGCCGCCGGCAACACCGUCUCUCCCGCCUCCAACGCCCAAGAAGUCUCCAUCUCCUUCGCCGCCAAGUGAUGAUGAUUCGUCAUCUCCUGCUCAGCCAUCAAAUCCACCUCCGGAGCACCAUCACGGUCAUCAUCAUCAUCAGCAGCAGAAUCCGUGGGAACACUACAACAGUUGUUGGAGAAACAUGGGACCUACUACGAAGUGUCAUGGGGAGAUGCAGAUGAGUUUCUUCACGAAGUUGUUUCAAGUGUCUGACUAUUGUUGCAAUCUUGUCGUCAACAUGAAAAAUGAUUGUGACGACUACAUGUGGCCAUUCUUCGCUGAUCCUUACUUUGUCCCUCUUGUUCGUUACACUUGUCAUGUCUCCUACUAG